AUGGGCACUGGUGCAAUGCUGUGGGAAGAGCAGAGUGACAGUGACUGCACGGUCUGGAGUGUGGAGGGGGCUGUGGCAGGCAAUGCCAGCACAGGUGAUACUGUUAACCUCAGUGAGGAAAAUCCAGUGUGGGGAUUUCCCCCUCACCAUAGAUGCACAGGAACACCCAAAGGUGCGAAGGCAAUAUCAAACAGCUGGGGCUUAACCCAAAUGUCUCUUUUCUCUCCCGCUCUCUCCACGCAGGUGACGGAGCUGAACGAGCCCCUGUCCAACGAAGAGAGGAACCUGCUGUCCGUCGCCUACAAGAACGUGGUGGGGGCGCGGCGCUCGUCCUGGCGAGUCAUCAGCAGCAUCGAGCAGAAGACCUCUGCGGAUGGCAACGAGAAGAAGAUCGAGAUGGUCCGCGCCUACCGCGAGAAGAUCGAGAAGGAGUUGGAAGCGGUGUGCCAGGAUGUGCUGAGCCUGCUGGACAACUACCUGAUCAAGAACUGCAGCGAGACGCAGUACGAGAGCAAAGUCUUCUACCUGAAGAUGAAAGGGGACUAUUACCGCUACCUGGCCGAGGUGGCCACCGGGGAGAAGAGGGCGACCGUGGUGGAGUCCUCGGAGAAGGCCUAUAGCGAAGCCCAUGAGAUCAGCAAGGAGCACAUGCAGCCCACCCACCCCAUCCGGCUGGGGCUGGCGCUUAACUACUCGGUUUUCUACUACGAGAUCCAGAACGCGCCGGAGCAGGCCUGCCACCUGGCCAAGACGGCCUUCGACGACGCCAUUGCCGAGCUGGACACCCUCAACGAGGACUCCUACAAGGACUCAACGCUCAUCAUGCAGCUCCUGCGCGACAACCUAACGCUCUGGACGAGCGAUCAGCAAGACGACGACGGCGGAGAAGGCAACAACUAGACCCCCCCGAUGGACUGGCAGCCGCACGCUGAUGCUAACUACUGCAGUCUUUAUUUUUUUCCCACGAGUGGGGGGGGUCCGGGGUGGGGGAGGGAAAGGGAGGGGACACCUUCCCAGGGAGGCCCCCCACAACCUGUCUUUGAUUGCCUCGUUGACAUUUUUGCCAAAACACCACUAGUGGAAGUCAGGCUGGCUGUGCUGGUAUGGAAUAGCAGCCUCACUGGCAUAUGGACUGUUCUGUAGAUUAUUAAUACAAGUGGAGCUGUCUUUAAUUUAACUUUAUUGCUAGAAAUAAAAAAAGGGUUUUAAGACGAAUUUGCGUGGAUGGAAUGGCCCUCAUUUUUAAGGAAAGCAACGCAAAAACAUAAAAAAAAAAAAAAAAAA